AUGCCCUCGCAAUUCUUACAGCUUCACAACUCCCGAUUUCGGUUAGACCUUCCGUAUCUUAAUCAACCGUCAACAAAUAUUGCAGCUCUCCAAUCCUACAUGACCAAUUUCAAUGGCAAUCGUGGAGUGUAUGAGAAAUCGUUAAAGAUCACGGCCACCGAACUGAAACCCACACCAAAAUCAUUAAUAGUAAUACUAACUACUGACGAAAUGGAACGGAUUCGAACCUUUGAAGUUUUUAUUAAAAACAUACCGGAAACAGAAUUAGGUGAAUCUAGCAAAAUUUGUUACAACCGCUUUUGA